GAAGAAGAAUAAAAGGUCUGGUUUUUGUGUGUUUUGUUUGGGAGUUUGGGUCGUCAAUCGCGAGAGGAGAGAGAGAGAGAGAGAGAAGAGAGAGGGAGAGCCUGUGAGGGGCAUGGAAGGGCUGGCCAUGCUGAGGCAGCUCAUCGGUCAGCUUCAGGAGCUCGUCGGCUCUCACCCGCCUCCUCCUCAUUACCAACACCAUCUUCAACUUCAGCUACAGCUUCCUCCUCUGCUCCGCCAUCGCCACUCCCAGCAACCACAGCAGGACCACCACCACGACCACCUCCUCAGGUGGUGCCCAAUUAACGUUGAUGAAGGUUCUGCAGAUGAUUACUACAGUUUUAUGAUGGCAGCUGGAAAAUCUGGAAGUUUUAAGAUGAUGGAACCAUGCAAGCCUCCUCCUACCAAGAGAUCUCGUAAGGAGCGAACCCGGGGUAAAUCCUCUGAAACUACCAAUACCACUGGGCCUAUGGAACAGCAUAUUUGGAAAGAUUUCCCGGAAGACCUUUAUGAAGCUGUCAUUGCUAGGCUUCCCAUUGCUACAUAUUUCCGAUUUCGUACUGUAUGCAGGAAAUGGAAUUCCUUGCUGGAUACUGAAAGUUUCUCUCAACAUUGUGCGGAGGUCCCACAAACUACUCCAUGGUUUUACACCAUCACUCAUGAAAAUGUGAAUUCUGGAGCCAUGUAUGACCCUUCCUUGAAGAAGUGGCACCAUCCCACUCUUUCUUCUUUGCCAACAAAGUUAAUUGUUUUACCGGUGGCUUCAGCAGGGGGACUGGUAUGUUUUCUUGAUAUCGGUAAUAGGAACUUCUAUGUUUGCAACCCGCUGAAUCAAUCUUUUAAAGAGUUGCCAGCCAGGUCAGUUAAGGUCUGGUCUCGCAUUGCUGUGGGGAUGACUUUGAAUAGGAGUUCAACCAGUGGCGGCUACAAGAUCCUGUGGGUGGUUUGUGAUGGCAAGUAUGAAGUUUAUGAUUCAGUGACGAAUUCUUGGACCCGUCCAGGAAUCAUGCCAUCAGGUGUUAAGCUGCCACUAUCGCUGAAUUUCCGGUCGCAGGCUGUUUCAAUAGAUGGCACACUCUACUUCAUGCGUUCAGACCCUGAAGGGAUUGUGUCAUAUGAUAUGGCCACUGGGUUUUGGAAGCAGUUUAUAAUUCCCACCCCGCUGCAUCUGACUGACCAUACACUUGCUGAAUGUGAAGGCCGGAUCAUGCUCGUGGGAUUGUUAUCAAAGAAUGCUGCCACAUGCGUGUGCAUUUGGGAGCUUCAGAAAAUGACACUUCUUUGGAAGGAGGUUGACAGAAUGCCAAAUAUAUGGUGCUUGGACUUUUACGGGAAGCACGUGAGGAUGACUUGCCUGGGUAACAAAGGCUUGCUCAUGCUGUCCUUGAGGUCGAGACAAAUGAACAGAUUAGUUACAUAUAAUGUGUCGAGCAGGGAAUGGCUCAAGGUCCCUGUUUGCGUGGUGCCCCACGGGAGGAAGCGGCAAUGGAUUGCAUGUGGCACCGCAUUUUAUCCAACCCCGACUGCUGUUCCUUAGCCAUCGGUUUCGUCACGGUCGGUUGCAAGCUUUCCCGGCCAACUUGUUUCUAGACAAUUUUCGUUAUUUGUUUUAAUCAGGUGGACAAUUCCAUGUGUUGUAAGUUGUAUGACGGCCGGAGUCUACUCUUUUGUGUACAAACUUGACACAUUGCUUUGUUUCCGGAAGACAGAUUAGAAUGCCUAUGUUUCAGUCACUCGAUGAAUGUAAUCUCAUCUGUGUUUGUAACUGGUUCUGGUUGUACUGAAAUAAACCGUCUGUCUACCAUUA